UGACGGAGCGACGAACCGGGCGCGGGUCUCGGUUGCUAUGGCCGCGGCCUGUAGGCAGGUGCUCCGAUGGCCGCAGCUGGCCCUCUCCCGGGCUCCUGGCCGCCCGCUAACUACGGCCUCCCCUCGAGGGGGCAGGGAAGAAGUGCAGAACCCGGCCACCUCCGAGAGCCCCGCCGAGGGUCAGCAGGAGGCGGAGGCGCGGCGGUGGCUGCUGGACGCGGGCUUCGACCCCACUCAGACGGCUCAGCUGCUGAGCGCCCAGCGCGGGGUCAGGCCCCCCAAGGUGUGGGCCGUGGUGUCGGAGCUGCUGCUGCUGGGCCUGAGCCCCGGACCGGUGUGUGAGGCUGUGCAGAGGAACCCUGGCAUCCUGCGGCUGUCGGGCGCCCAGCUGAAGAGCCGAGCCAGCCGUCUGCGGAAGCUCGGGCUCGGAGCAGGGAACUUGCAGCACGUGUCUCACUGCUGCCCGGACGUGUUCACCAUGAGCCCGGGCCGCAUCGAAGGCCUCGUCUCGCUCCUGAGGGACAAGUGCCUCUUCAGCGGGCAGCAGGUGACGGAGAUCUUGCACACCUGCCCCAGAGUUCUCCACGAGGAGCCCGAGGCCUUGGAGUACAAAUUCCAGUACGCGUAUUUCAGGAUGGGAAUAAAGCAGCAAGACUUGGUGAAGACCAAGUACUUCCAGUACUCCAUGACCAAGAUUAAGCAGAGGCAUGUGUUCUUGGAGCGCCUGGGCCUUUACCAGACUCCCGAUAAGAAGGGCCAAACCCAGAUCUGUAAUCCUUCCCUGAAUUCUAUUUUGAGAGUCCCAGAAGCGGAGUUCCUGGCCAAGACAGCCCGUUCGUCUUCAGAGGAGUUCCAGGUCUUUAAGAAACUCCUGGCUCGGGAGGAAGCGGAGGAGGGUGAAGGCAGCUCAUCAGAGGAGGAAGACUCGGACCCGGAGGAUACGGACAGUUCUGGGGAUGAAGAGGACUGAAGGCUGGACAGCGGAAGAUGCCAGGGGAGAGUUCCGCCUUGGGAAGACAUUUGCUAGGAGUGUCGUUUGAGGAUUCUUGAAUCGCUGACAUCCUCUGAAGACAGGUUUGGUGACCCAACAGACAGAUGAACUUACCCAGACCCUUGGCAAAUUCCCAGAGCAAGGCCCCAGCCUCAUCUGGGGGGAGCAAACCCAGAACAGAGAGGCUGGUGCCGUAGGGGCCUGGUGGAGUCCUGGCACUGUGGUUGUAAAAGCAAUAAAGCUGAGUUUCAUCUC